AUGGACCCAGGCACCAGCAACCAGGAUUUCUGCACCACUGAGGCCCAAGGGGAACCCGCAGAUGCAACUGCUGGACAUGAGUUCUGUGACAACUACACCAACAAGACCGCAAAUUUUAACAAGAAAACACCAGCACAGAAGAGGCAGAGGAGCAGAUCUUCAUCCCUGCACCAAAGGAACAUCGUGGGCCACAGAAUCUCUCACAAGUGGAAGGAAGGGAAUGGGCCCAUCACCCAUUGGAGAGGAACGGUUCUCCAUCAGGUUCCUCUAAAUCCCCCUCUCUAUCUUGUGAAAUACGAUGGAAUUGAUUGCGUCUAUGGGUUGGAACUUCACCACGAUGAAAGAGUGUUGUCCCUGAAUGUGCUCUCUGAGACAGUCAAACCAUCCCCAGUCCCUGAUCCUAACUUUGCAGAUACCAUAAUUGGCAAAGCGGUGGAGCACUUAUUUGAGGGUGAGCAUGGUGCAAAAGAUAAAUAUAGGGGGAUGGUUCUAGCCCAAGCUCCUAUACUUAAUGCCUGGUUUUAUAUUACCUAUGCAAAUGAUCCCAUCUUAUACAUGUACCAGCUUCUGGAUGAUUAUAAAGAGGGCAACCUUCGUAUCCUGCCAGAGUACAAUGAGGUUCCUCGACCAGAUUUAAGAGUGAAAUUUAAGGAUGGUCUGAUAGGCAAGAUUGUGGAAUAUACCCAAGACGACGGUUCCAAAAGGACCGGCAAGGUGAUUGGCGAAGUAGAAGCCAAACCAUCGGUGUACUUGAUGAAAUUUGACGAUGAUUUUCAUAUCCAUGUCUAUGACUUAGUGAAAUAUGUCUAA